AUGGGUACCAUCAUUCACCGAGAUGUGAAGAGCACAAACAUAUUAUUGGAUGAGAAAUGGGUGGCUAAAGUUUCAGAUUUUGGGUUGUCGAAGAAUGGCACAAUCACCCUUUCCAAGACCCACAUUAGCACAAAGGUGAAGGGUAGUUUCGGAUAUCUUGACCCCGAAUACUAUCGACGUCAACAAUUGACUGAGAAGUCUGAUGUGUACUCAUUUGGCAUGAUUUUGUGCGAGGUAUUGUGCGGAAGGCCAGCUGUGACAACCAUGGACAAUGAUCGAGUCGGCCUAGCUAAAUGGGCCAAGAAGUGUCAUGAUAAUGGGAGACUUGAUGAAAUUGUUGACCCAAAUUUGAAGGGUAAAAUUGCAAUUAGAUGCUUGCAUAAAUUUGUCUCCAUCGCAAUGCGUUGCAUGGAUGAUAAUGGGAUCAAUCAGCUGUCAAUGUACGAUGUUGUGAGAGAGCUUCAAUUUGCAUUGAAGAUGCAACAAAACAAUGGGGACUAUACUGAUCGCAUUGAAAUGACAGUUCAAGAUAGGAUUGCAUUGAUCAAGGACAAUGAUGGGUCUUGUUCUAGUGAGCAAAGUAGUGGCGCGAACGAAUCCGUCCAAGGGUUGACUGGCGCAAUUUUCUCCGAGAUCAUGGAUCCGGUUGGGAGAUAA